AUGUAUGCAAAAAUCGAAACAGAACAUUUGAUAUUCAUCCGUUUGAAUCAGACCAAGCUUCACUCUGAAGAAUACAUUAAUUUGCAAGAUGCAGUUGUAAAUGACGGUAAUAUAACUAACGUUGGAAGACUAACGAUUUUGCCAUCUUCCUAUACAGGCAGUCCACGUCAUAUGCAUGAGUACGCUCAAGAUGCAAUUGCGUAUGUUCAUCACUACGGGCAUCCAGAACUAUUCAUUACAUUCACAUGCAAUCCAACUUGGGACGAUAUACAACAGCUCUUACUUCCUGGGCAAUCGCCGGUGGAUAGGCAUGACAUCACAGCACGUGUUUUCAGACAGAAGCUGAAAUCGCUGAUGGAUUUCAUGGUAAAACAUGAAGUGUUUGGCUCUGUACGCUGCUGGAUGUACUCAGUGGAAGGGCAAAAGAGAGGAUUGCCACACGCACAUAUACUAAUCUGGCUCUAUAACAAAAUCACUGCAAACAAAAUAGAUGAUGUAAUAUGUGCUGAAAUACCCGAUGCCGACAUCGAUAAGGAUUUGCUUGAAGUUGUGAUGAAAAAUAUGAUACAUGGACCUUGCGGUACACUGAAUCCAAAUUCACCAUGCAUGAUAGACGGACAAUGCUCUAAGCGAUAUCCUCGAGCAUUAGUAUCCAACACAGUUACAGGAAACGAUGGAUAUCCUUUAUACAGAAGAAGAUCAGCAGAAGAUGGCGGUAAAUUAGCAACCAUACAAAUGCGAAACGGUGACAUCGAAGUAGAUAACCGGUGGGUUGUUCCAUAUUCGCCUUUGCUAUCAAAAACAUACAAAGUGCACAUAAACGUGGAAUACUGUAACUCCGUUAAAUCAAUCAAAUACAUUUGUAAAUACGUGAAUAAAACCAGCGACAUGGCAGUUUUUGGCGUGCAACCAGAAAGAAGUGAUAGGAAUGCGGUCAUACAUAUCGAUGAAAUCGCACAGUAUCAGGCUGGAAGAUACAUAAGUAGCAAUGAAGCUGUAUGGCGAAUUCUUUCAUUUCCCAUACAUGAACGAAGUCCAGCUGUUGUUCACUUAGCAGUACAUAUAGAAAAUGGACAACGCAUUUAUUUCACAGCAGCAAAUGUGCAACAAAUAGCCCUGACUCCACUGGCUACAAUGUUAACUGCUUUCUUCAUGUUAUGUCAAAAUGACCCGUUUGCGAAAACACUGCUGUAUUCGGAAGUACCUACGUAUUACACAUGGAAUGCGAGUAGAAAAUCAUUUGAAUGA